UCUCACAUGGAGAAAUACUCAGAAUAUUUGAUGUUGACGAAGACCAAACAACUUAAACCCAACCUCAAUAACCUCAAGCAAUCAUUAAUGGAAGACGACGACGACGAUAAGGCGGCGGCAUGGCCGCCCAGGUCAUACAGUUGCAGCUUCUGCAAAAGAGAGUUCAGGUCAGCACAGGCACUGGGAGGUCACAUGAAUGUCCAUAGAAGGGAUAGAGCAAAGCUCAAGCGUUCUAAUAACAGCAACACCAUGGCUUCUUCGCCGCCGCCCAUUUCUUCUUCUGCUAUCAUAUUUUUUCAAGGGAAUAAUUCCGGCGAUCAGAAGAAGGGCGGGUGUAAGAGGCAAAGGAUCGGCGGCGGAUGCGGCAACACGGUGUCGUUUAUGCCGGUGCAGGUGCACAGUGAGGAUGAGGAGGUGCAGCAGGUAGUUGCAGGGAUGAGAAUUAGCAGGGAUUCGUCCAUGGAAGACAUAGAUCUUGAGCUUAGGGUUGGCGUGAAGUAGAAGAAAGGUGGGGAUGGAAAUAAAACAUCUCUCUCAAUAUCACUGUAGAGCUAGAGAGAGCUAGGUAGGAGAAAUUAAAGAUCAUGUGAUGUCGUGUAGUAGUAUUUACUCCUUUUUUUUGGGAUUGUAAUUUUAAUGUAUCUGUUUGUAUUUAGU